AUGGCGAUGGGGAGGAGCCUGCCGCAGCUCCGGUCUCUCCUCGCGCAGCAAGCCCUCCGCACCGCCAUUCCUAAACCCAGAACCCUGCCCAUCCCCCACAGCCGCUUCCUCCACAGCUCCUCCCCGCCGGCGGCCGCAUCCCGCUCCCCGAUGUCCCACUUCCCGUGGCGCAGCGCCGGCACGCUCCUGCCGGUGAGCGCAGCGGCGGCUGCGGCGGCCGCCCGGGCCGCUGCCAAGCGGUGGCUGGCCGCGCGCGCCGCCGGGUCGCUCGAGCUCUUCUCGCUGCAGCGAAAGGGAUCCGCCCGAUGCCCCCCUUCGUCGUCCACAUCCCCACGCCGCGGUCUCUGGGCGCGCUUUGUUCCAUCGGCGGACGGGGCGGUGCUGAUGCUCAUGGUGGCCAAUGUGGCCGUGUACAUGCUCUGGCAGAAGGCCGAUCCGGGUUUCAUGAGGGAUCAUUUUACGAUUUCGCUGGAGAAUCUCCGCAGCGGGAGGUUGCACACGCUGCUCACCAGCGCCUUCAGCCACGCGGAGCCACGGCACCUCUUCAGCAACAUGAUGUUUCUCUUCUUCUUCGGUUCAACCAUUUCUAGCAGUUUUGGUCCUGCUUUUCUAUCGAAGUUGUACAUAGCAGGCGCGCUUGUUGGAUCCACAUUCUACUUGGUAGAAAAAGCUUUUGCAGGUCCAGGGAAACAGGGUCAUGUAGAGGGGGAAAGUUCAAGAACUUCUGGGCUUGGUGCAAGUGCCGCAGUUAAUGCCAUUUUCUUUCUUUACACAUUUCUCAAUCCAAAGGGACGAGUCUAUCUGUACUUCCUCGUUCCUGUUCCAGCUGCCGCAUUGGGGGUUUGUUGGAUUGCUCUUGAUUUGUUGAGGGUCCGAGAGGGUGAAAGGCGUGCAUCAGGUUUCUUUCAUUUCGGGGGUACUGUAGUCGCUGCCCUUGCGUGGGCUCGACUCAGGAAGGGCUGGAUCUGAUCAUACAGCUUGUCCAUGGAGCAAAUCCGGCCGCCUUCUCCCAGCUGCUGGCCUCUCCAAUUAUUAUUGGUAGUUACGUGACGAAGUUCGUGUGGGUAGAGGAAUGACCCAUCUACCUCUCAUCCAAGUAUCUGAUCU